AUGGCCUCCCAAGAAGCUGAUACUGCUGGGCUGGGGAUCUCAGCAGUUGGUAUCCAGGGCAGUCAGGUGAAACCAGAGGGGAGAAAGAGUUCUGUUUACCAGCCUAUGGAUGUAUCACAAGAUUAUCAAAAAGGAAUAUUACAAGCCCUUGGGGCCAUCCAGAUCCUGAAUGGAGCAAUGAUACUGGCUCUGGGUGUUUUUAUGGGUUCCUUACAAUACCUGUCCCACCUCUUCAGGCACUUCUUCAUCUUCAUCUUCUACACAGGCUAUCCAUUCUGGGGUGCUGUGUUUUUUAUUAGUUCAGGAUCCUUGUCUGUUGCAGCAGGAAGAAAACCCACAAGAAUGCUGAUGCAGAACAGUUUUGGGAUGAACAUCGCCAGUACUACAAUUGCACUAGUUGGGACUGUUUUUCUCUUAAUACAUUUGGUACUUAAUAACCAGUUGUUUAAGGAUUGUCAGUCUUUGCAGUCACCAGACUUGUGCAUCUACAUGGGUUCCUCAUCAUAUGGCCUGGUGUCUCUGAUGCUGAUCCUGACUUUGCUGGAAUUGGGCGUAACUGUCUCUAUCGAAACCCUGUGGUGUCAGAGAAACUUCUGUGCUUCAAGAGAGGCAAUUGCUUCACCUCCCAAUUAUGUGGAGUCAGGAAUACCUUCUGAUGAAAGUGAUUCUGAGAGUAUGAAUACUCAGCUUCAAAUCUCCAAAGAGUCAGGACUUUAUCCAAGUAUUUAA